GUCCUCUCUGUUCCAGGAAGCGUUGGCACCUCUUCCCCCCCGAGGACACAUGGAGGCUCUACCCGACCCGGAUCCCCUACGAGGAGUCCAGCAUCUUCAGCCGGGUCCAUGUGGUCCAGCCAGACCUGAAGAGGUUCCCUUUGUUCACCGGGUCCAGAGCCCACGUCGUCACCCUGCAGCCCGGACAGGUGCUGUUCGUGCCCCGUCACUGGUGGCACUGGGUGGAGUCCCUGGACUCCGUGACGCUCUCCAUCAACUCGUGGAUCGAACUGGAAGUGGACGACGUGGCGAGAGUCGGCGAGGCCGUGACGAAGGCCGUCGUCUUCGCCCUGAAAGCCGACGCCGACCCGGACGACUGGCUGAACCCCACCGAGGCCGGCGUGGCGUCCCACCAGGACAACAUGCAGAGUGUGAACCUGGCCCUGGGAGCCUGUGCUCGGGGACGCAGCACCCUGACCCGGGCCCCUCGCCCAGCCAAGCGGGACUCUGGGGGACAAAUCAGGGAAAGGGGCGGGGACUCCGGGCCCUUCAGGGUUCCCUUUGGACCGCAUCUGGUCCCGGUGCGCUGUGCGGCCUCGACGGAAACCACAACGGCUCCGAAGGUCAACUCACCUGAAGAAGAAGAAGAAGAAGAAGAAGACGGUGUACCUCGGCAUCGACCUCCCGGACGCGCCCCCGUAACCACGGACGAGCUGCUGGACUGCCUGCUGCACCCGGACGUCAUCGCCCGCGUCACGGAGCUCCUCCUGGGGCGCCGGACAGGAAGUCACGGGACACGGAACGUCUGGUCGGCGUCCCUCGGGAUCGAACCCCCGGACGCCGGCGGCUCCCGGUGACGUCGCCCUAAUCCCGUUAGCUCAGGAACACGACCACGGAAAUCGGGUUAGCAUGCUAACGAGACAAGAAGCUGCACAUUAAAGUUGACGGACGCGGAACUUCCUGUCGCUCAGAAACGGAUCGACGUGAUCACUGUCGUCAAUAAUAUGCAUUCUAUAGAUGGAAUAGAUCCCUUUGUUGUUUUACUAUUCCAACUGAUCUGAAGUCAGUAAACAAUCAGGAAUAAUAAAUGUUCUACUUUCA